AUGACGUCCACACCAAUGGACCUGGACGACGCACCCUCGUCACUUAACGUGAUCCGCUCACUCGGCGGUGGUGUGCCGAGCACUUCACCCGUCAGCGAGAUCGUCUCGUUGUACCGGCCUACUAAGCUGUUCAAACGCGACGACAUAAAGGAGGGCAAACCCAAGCCGCACAUUCUUUCGGUUGACUUUGAUGACCCGGGGGAGCUGUGCAUGACCUCGGAGAGCGAUGAGACAAUCCAGAUCUACAAUGUGAAGGAAGGCCGUCACGAAAAGAGCUUGUUGAGUAAGAAAUACGGCGUGAAGCUUGCCAAAUUUACCCACACGAGCACGAGCAUCAUCUAUGCUAGUACCCAGCAGAAUGAUGCGAUUCGUUACCUGGCCACACACGACAACUCGUUCAUUCGCUACUUCGAGGGCCACGAAGGCAGUGUCACCAGCCUUGCCCUUCACCCCGGCUCCGACAACUUCAUCUCGUGCAGUCUUGACGAUACGGUGCUCAUAUGGAACAUUAGCACCAAGCAGUGGGUUGGAAAGCUGUUCCUCAACACACCGCAUCUGGCCGCCUGGGACCCGUCCGGGAACUCGUUCGCGAUCGCAUCGCCGCUGAGCGGCUACAUCUUGAUCUACGAUUAUCGCAACUACGAGAAGGGCCCGGUUACCACCAUCGAUGUGCUGAGCAACCGCAUCCCCGGCUACCCGGAUGCGGCUGCCCGCGGCUGGACAAAGCUCGAGUUUUCCAACGACGGGAAGCACAUCCUCUUGGGAUCACGUGGUGGAGGCCACUUCCUGCUGGACGCAUUCGACGGAUCCGUCAAAGCGUACCUCAAGAAGCCCGGCGGCAGUACCAGACGGCUAGCGCCGGGACAGGUGGACGCCGGCGGCGUCGAGAGCAGCGGCGAGUGCUGUUUUGCACCGGACGCCCGCUAUGUGUUCAGCGGCGCCAGGUCGGAUCUCCUCGUGUGGGACACCUUGAUGGCUCCCAACCCAGACGACAAGGUUCUCGAGCCGGCACAUGUUUUGGAAGAGCAGCGCGAGGCAGCUGUUCUUGCCCACAAUCCCCGCUUCAACAUGCUGGCCUCCGCUGACCAGGACUUGAUGUUUUGGCUUCCGGACCCGAAUGCAUAG